AUGUCAUUCAAAAUAUUAUAAAAACUUACAAUUAAUCAUUGGCCGCCUUUUAAGACUUUUAAUCAUCACUUUGGCAGCAUGGUCCGCUCGCCGCUGGUUUGAAGGGAGCAGCGUUACUGCCCAUUGCUGAGCAACGGAGGGGGAGAAGGCCGACGCGCAAAACCACACUCAACUGCAGCAACGACAGGGCUGGGCUCCACACGUACACUCUCAACGGCAACACACCACACCAGAAAGGAAAAGGGAGCAGUAUUUGGGAGCUGGAGGAGCAUCCUUGGCUGCACUGUCAAACUACAUUCACCCUCAGGUCACCUGACAGGACUUUACAAAGACAAACCCAAAGAUGGCUUAGCUGUGUUGUGUUGCCAGCAGUCUAUCAGCAGUGAGCUACCUGGACCAGAGGUGUGUACCAGAGGCAACGGCAGCAGGUUGCAGAGAUGAGUGUGACCUCCUGGUUUCUGGUGAGCAGCGGGGGGACUCGCCACCGACUCCCCCGGGAAAUGAUCUUUGUCGGCCGAGAUGACUGCGAGCUCAUGCUUCAGUCCCGCAGUGUGGAUAAGCAGCAUGCAGUCAUCAACUACGAAGCUGGGACUGACGAACACAAGGUCAAGGACCUGGGCAGCCUGAAUGGGACGUUUGUAAAUGAUGUCCGCAUCCAGGAGCAAAUGUACAUCACUCUGAAGCUGGAUGACAAGCUGAGGUUUGGAUAUGAUACUAACCUGUUCACGGUGGUGAGAGGAGAGCUCACUGUUCCUGAGGAGGCUCUCAAGCAUGAAAAGUUCACCAGCGGCCUCCAGCUCAGCAAGAAGCCAUCCAAUGGUGAAACAACUGCCACCACAACCACAAGCAAGUCUCCCACUAAGACCCCAACAAAGGCACUGAAGUCUCCGGGUGGCAGCAGCCUGAAGCCAGCGGAGAGUAGAGCAACAGAUGGGGUCUCUUCCUCCAAAGACCCACAAACUAAACCAGCAGACACACACAAAGCAGAGGAAAGGGUAGGAGGGGACGUUACUGCGCUGCCUCGUGGGACCCCCCUGUACGGCCAGCCAUCUUGGUGGGGGGAUGGUGAUGCAGAUGAUGAGAACUCCUUCAAACAGGAAAGCAAGUCUUCCAACAAAAAGCAUGACAGCUCAGUCUCAGACAGCAAAGAAGCACGUAGAGGGGAGAAAAUUAAAGAGGACGGCCUUCAUGCGUCCUCUGCCCACGAUUCCAGUUACUUUGAGAUCCCCACCAAGGAGGGUCACAUGGCCAAUAAUGGCAUCCAUGAGAUUCCCACCAAGGACACAGAAGGCGCUGCCACUCAUACUACUACAGCUCAAGGUCACGCCUCCUUCACCAUAGAGUUUGACAACACUUCUCCUGGGAAAGUCACCAUUAAAGACCAUGUGUCAAAGUUCACACCCGACCACCACAGAUCUCGCUCCAAGAAGAGCGGAGCAGGAAGUGGAGGAGCAGGAGGGAGGGACCUGAGCACACUGCAAGCCGCCGAGAGCAAGGUUGCCGAUUGGCUCGCCCAGAACGACCCCACGCUGGUGCGCAGCGAGUCAACGGAGGACGACAGCAAGAGCAUCAAGAGCGAUGUGCCAGUCCAUCUCAAAAGGCUAAAAGGCAGCAAGCAUGAGGAUGGCACCCAGAGUGACUCAGAGAAUGGAUUGGGCCUGCGUUUUGCCAACCGCCGCCACGCCCUCGAGGAGCGCCUAAAAGCAGCACACGGCCACGUGGGAGGAGGAGCAGCAGGAACAGGAGGCGGGAACGUAACAGUGAGCGGGACGAGAGCAUCCGGCUCCCGCACGGCCUUCAUGAUCGAGUUCUACGACGAGGAAAACCCUCGCAAGCGCCGGUCGUAUUCGUUUUCCCAAACUGCACCACUGCUGGGGGGAGGAACUGGCGGGGAGGGACUGUGUCCUCAGCCUCCCUCUCACCCUAAGGUGUUCAGCAUUUCCACCUCUGCUGCUACAGACUCGGGUAAGGUCCCAGCUCCAAUACCGGCUACAGUAACUGUAGGUGCCCCUACGGCUGCCCGCGUCCUUCUCAAGCAGAGAUCAGAGGACCCGAGUAUUGGUCGCAGCUCAGCCAGUACAGGUCUGGCGACAGGUAGCCCCACCAGCCCCAGUGAGGACACCUCGGUGGUGGGGAGAGGAGUGGGAACUGCUGGAGGGGAGGCAGGGGAUGACCACAGCGAUAAGGGCACCUACACUAUUGAACUGGAGAACAGGAACCCAGAGGAAGAGGAGGCCCGGCGCUUGAUAGACAAGGUGUUUGGUGUGCAGCAGACCCAGGACUCCUCUGCUCUGUCAGACCUGAAAGAAGGAAAAGGAAAGGAGACAGGAGAGACUGGGAAAGAGGCUCUCCCUGGUGACUCGAGCUGGGUCUCUCAGUGGGCCAGUCUUGCUGCCAAUCACACCAGGACAGACCCAGAGGGCUCAGGAGCAGAAACAGCCGCCUUCCUGCACAAAGAGAGAGCUGAUGCCUUUGAGUCCGGCGCGUCCCUCAGCAGAGGUGAAUCCUCUUCCAGUUUGACCGACCGGAAGCGCAGGACCCUCCCCCAGCUCCCCGUGGAUGAUCCCCGCGCUAAAUCCAGCCCCAAAGCCCUGGGACUGAGGUCAGAGAUUGGGGAGAAACAGGACACUGAACCCCAGGAAAAAGAGAACAAGGGAGACGGGGAGUCUCCAACUCCAAUGGGGGACGGUGAGAUGACCAGUAAACGGAAACAAGGCUCCACAUCUUCUCCCUCCAAGGCCCCUCUCCGGACUUCUGGCAGCACUGAGCGGAGGAAGAGGUCAGAGGAGAGGAAAGGAGGAGGAGGAACGGGAGAAGGAGGAGAGAAGACUGGGAAGCCUCUAGUGCGCCAGGGCAGCUUCACAAUUGAGAAACCCAGUGCUAAUGUCCCGGCAGAGCUCAUCCCACGCAUCAACAGAGGCAACAGUGGGCGCGAACGCAGUGACUCCGUGGGCAGCAUGGACACUGCUACGCUCCUGAAGGACACUGAAGCUGUAAUGGCAUUCCUGGAGGCCAAACUAAGAGAUGAAAACAAACUAGACCAGAAAAGUGGUAAAACUGGCCUCACCACUCAUGGUUCAGGUUCUGGCUUCCCCCCUCGAACAGACUCCAUCUCUCCUGAGUCAGAUGUGGACACGGCCAGCACAGCCAGUCAUGUGGCUGGAGAGGCACAGAGGAAGGCAUCAGUUGGUGGCGAACAAAAACGACGUUCCCUUAGCAGCAUGCAUCGAGAGAAGAGCAACAUGAGCACAGCUUCCAAGACCAGCGUCACCAGCGCAAGUGCCCGGGAACGUCUGGAGAGGAAGUCUAAAGCAAGAACUGCAGAAGUGGCGAGCCGGACUGAUGCACGUCGCUCUGUUCAGCCGUCCUCUGCCUCCUCCAGGGCACGCCAGCCCUCUCUGGAUCUCACUGAUGAUGACCAGACUUCUUCCUUGCCCAUCUCUGACAUCCUCUCCUCAGACCAGGAAACCUAUUCUGGACCUUUGGGACAUCCCAAACUUGACAGCAGGUCUGCUAAAACUUCCACCAGUGGGUCCUCCAAAACCAGCCGCACUCUACAGGCAGCCACAACCUCCUCCCUGAACAAGCAGGCCUCGCUGCCUCAGCCGCGACCCACAAGAGCCUCCCUUCUCCGCCGUGCUCGGCUAGGGGAUACAUCUGACACAGAUCUAGCUGAUGCAGACAGGGUUUCUGUCGCUUCUGAGGUGUCCACCACUAGCUCCACUUCUAAGCCGCCAUCCGGUCGGAAGGGACUGUCACGACUAGACAUGCUGGCUCAGCCACGUAGGAACCGUCUGGGCUCCAUCUCGGCCCGCAGUGACUCAGAGUGUACAGUGACACGGAGCUCCACCUCUUCCCCCCGCCUGUCAGCUGAGACCGCUCUGCGUCUGGGCUUGCGCUCAUCAACACCAACAGAAAACAAGCUGACAGCAAGGAUGAGGGCGAACAGCGUGUCCAAACUGAACGAGACCAAGACUAAGACCACUACAUCUGGAUACUGCUCGCCCACAGAGAGCCCCCAGCCUGAACCUGAAGGCGGUGAUGUGGACGAAGAGCUAAUGGUGUCCAGUAGCAGCAGGUGGAGACGUCUGCCCCCGGAAUACGGCUCCACCUCAGAGGAAGAGUUCGGCUCCAGCCGGAACUCUCCGAAGCAUGGAGGACGCUCCCACGUGCGGCCUCACCACCUUGUUCCACACCGCAGUUCGAGACUCAGCACCACCGCGAGCCCAGGCUCCGGCAUGGUGACGGGUCCAGGUGGAGUUGGAGUCAAACACCGCAUGAAAGAGCAAGAGGAAUACAUCAGGGACUGGACGGCACACAGCGAGGAGAUAGCGAGGUUAUUCCCAUGUGUGCGCAGGAUCAGCCAGGACCUGGCUAAGGACUUGGCCAUCUUGGCCCGUGAGAUCCACGAUGUGGCCGGCGAAAUUGACUCGGUCAGCUCAUCUGGCACGGCACCCAGCACUACUGUCAGCACCGCCGCCACCACCCCGGGAUCGGCCAUCGACACCCGGGAAGAGGUAGGCCCUGCACGUCCCACGCAGACGGAUAUACAGGAGAGCAUGAGAAAGUUGGUGGAUCGGGUGUUUGAUGAGAGCCUCAACUUCAGGAAAAUCCCGCCGGUGAUUUCAACCAAUAAGGCACCAGAGGUCAACGGCAAGCCAGUGGAGCUCCGCCCCCGUGCCCCCGACAGUCUGGAACCCCGAGCUCUGAGGAGACGCACCUGGAACCGAGAUGAGGCUGUGUUGGACAGUCUGCUGCUCAAUUCAGUUUCUCAGCUGUCCACCAAGAUCAGACACUCUGUGGACAAAACUGCAGGAAAAAUCAGGAUAUUGUUUAAGGAUAAGGACAGGAACUGGGAUGAAAUUGAGAGUAAACUGCGAUCAGAGAGUGACAUACCACUCCUGAAGACUUCCAACAAGGAGAUCUCCUCAAUUCUGCUCGAACUCAAGAGAGUUGAGAAGCAGCUUCAAGUGAUUAACGUGAUGGUAGACCCAGAUGGGACUCUGGAUGCCCUGGCCAGCCUCGGCCUGACCAGCCCCACCACACCUGCCAAACCCCAAACUGCCAAAACAACAUCCCCCUGUGCCACCAGCCCUGGGUCUGUGCCCCCCGCCAAAGAACCGAUGCCAGAGAGCCUCCCUGGGCCUGCAGGAUCAACAGCCAGGGUUCAGGCUUCCUUUCCCAGCACGCAGGAGGCUGCACGAGACCCCAGCCUCGCUCUGGGGUUAACAGGAGUCGGAGGGUUGCCCUUCAACCGCAUGCGGCCAAGCGGAGAGGAGGCCAUCGCACAGAAGUGAACAGAAAUCAAUGUUAUGUGAAUAAAUAUGAACUGGAUUGGA